UUCAGUCCAUGUAGACGGUCUGUCCUUUCCUCAGUGUUAGAGACUUUCAUUCAUUCAGACACGUUUGUUCUACAGCUGUUAGAAAAGUGAGUGAGGAGAAACUAGAAUCUUAUAGACAUGGAGGAAAGACAGAUAGCCUUGGCCAAGGAAGGGGGUGUAGGAUCAGGAGUGACCUUUGACCAGUCACCUUCAGAUUAGAUCUACCUGAGGGGGCGGGGCCUGAAAAGCCCAGGGUUGUCAAAAUGGCAGCAACGUCCUCCUUGCAGAGCAAAGGUCUGGGUCUGGUUCUGGUGGAAUUUGGGUAUGAGUACGAGGGUCGGGAUGGGGUGCUGGUCACAAUCAAACCCAAUGAGCGCUAUAUCCUUCUGGCGAAGACCAACAACCACUGGUGGCAGGUCCAGGAGGAUCGCAGCUCCAAGCCCUUCUACAUCCCGGCCAAGUACGUCAAAGAGCUGCCGCUGGAGUUACCCUCUCCUCUGGACUUUGCUGAUCCUCCCAGUUCUGAACCGGUGCUGCCUGUCAUGGCUCCAAUCCCUGUGGCGGUGCCUGUCCCCAUCCCAAAGCCUCUGGAAGAGUCCAGAACCAAACCAAGUGAUGACAUGACCAUCAGACUCACACCCGAUGCGGUCAAAAGGCACCACAAAAAUGAAAAUCGGAUGUCUACAUUUGGCGUCCCGCUGGAGUUCCAAGAUGUGGCACCUCGGCUACCUGGGGCCCCUGCUGGUCCUGCAGAGCCCGGGUCAACAGCAAACAGCAGAACUGCAAACUCUACCGAUGGCAAGAAGCAGCCCCACCCGUCAGGCUACGUGGAGGACGUCAGGGACGUUGGGAAACCUCGCGUUCCCAGCUUCAGUCCGGCAGACCCCCUCUCAGUGCCCCGGCCCCACGUCCAACCCAUCCGAGUCGAGACGCCGGUGAUCCCACCCCACAGCAACCUCCACAACAUGUCCUCCUCUCCAGCAGGACGUCCGGACGGCCACAAAUCUCCAAUAGAGCCAGAUGAGGAGGAGCUGGCAGAGGAAGAAGCAAGCGUGGAGGAGAACGGUGAGGAGGAGCGGGACUCAGUUAAGGGCGAGGAUUCACACCACAUCUACGAGUCCAUCCAGGACCUGAACCUGGACCUGGAGGCUCUGGUCGGAGGGAGAGCGAGCCCUGCAGCACAGGCCGAGCCUGCAACACCUGAGGCUGCACCUGCCCCACCUCCCACACAGAACCAAAGCUCUCCCGACCCUCUGUCGCCCAUCUACGCCAACGUCCCGUCUCUGAAGAAAUCGGCUCAGCCUCAGAGCUCUUCUGGCUCCUCCCUCUCCUCUCCACCUCCCACAGACCACCCCCCCUCAACAUCAGACCACAGCCCAUCAUCUUCUACCUCCUUGGGCAUGAUCAGCCCCAACUGCCCGGUCAGCGCACAGGACAGAUUGCAGGGCCACACUGAGCAGGACAGCAGGAGGCAGCCUGGAACCAACCACAUGAACGACUCUCGCAAUCCUCCACCCGUGCCGGUUAGAGACCUGGACCGGUCCAAGGGAAAAGAAGGGGGUCAGCUGACCUCCACUUCCCCCGUCAUCUCCCCCGCCUCCUCUCAGGGCUCCGGUGGCUGGGAGAAGGUGUUUGAUGAAGUCUCAGGAAGACCUUACUACUUCAACCGCAGCACACGAACCACAUCCUGGAAUUUACCUGAGCCAUGCUCCCCGUCACCUCCACCUGGAUCUGCAUCCCACAGGAAGCACGAGGGCGGCCCGCCUCCCCUGCCAGAGGAAGAUUAUCCUGUAGGCGACCAUAAAGACGCCAGCUUCAGAACGCAUCCUCAGCAGAGCUUGGGCCUGAUACCCAGAGCUCACCUGGACCUGAAGGAUCCUCAGAUUCCCUCAGUGCCCCAAAGUCUGAUGGGAAAUGGAGUUUGUGAGGACGGAGCGUCGCUGCAGGCCAGGAAGCUGAGACUCAGCAUGGGAGAAGACACGUGUUCCCAUGGCCACCGGAGGAACUUCUCCGAUCACACUGACAUGAUAAGCAGACACGCCUCCCCCGACAGUCCACAGCUCUCUAAUAGGUGCAGACUGAAGAGGAAUCUGUCCAAUCAGAGCACAGGGUCCAGCUCACAGCAUGGACACCUGCUGGAGAAAGCUGGGAUUCUCAACAAGACUAAAGUGGCUGAAAAUGGAAAAAAGAUCAGGAAGAACUGGAGUCAAUCGUGGACUGUCCUGCAUGGAGGGAUCCUCACAUUCCAUAAAGACCCCAGACCAGCCGGGAAUGCUAGCAAAGCGUCACAGAUUGUUCCAGAAUACACCGUUGAACUCAGAGGAGCUUCGGUGAGCUGGGCCUGCAAAGACAAGUCGUCCAAGAAGAACGUUCUGGAGCUGAAGACACGUCAGGGCUGCGAGUAUCUGAUGCAGUACGACAAGGAGAGCAUCAUCGGCGACUGGCUCAAAGUGAUCCAGGACACCAUCGGACAGCUGGUGCCAGACGGAACACACAGACCGGAACAGGAGCACCUAUCAGACAGUGAAGACGAUGCGAGCAGGAUCCCAUCGGGAGCUGACACGGAGCAGACGCGAGUUCGGUCCAAACUGCGACGCUUCCUGCAGCGAAGGCCGACUCUGCAGAGCGUCAAAGAGCGAGGAUACAUCAGAGACAACGUCUUUGGCUGCCACCUGGACACUCUGUGCCACCGAGAACACAGCACCAUCCCCAAGUUUGUGGAGAAAUGCAUCAGGACAGUGGAGCGCAGAGGUCUGGAUGUGGACGGGAUCUACAGAGUGAGCGGAAACCUGGCCGUGAUCCAGAAACUACGACACAAAGCCGAUCACGAGGAGCACUUGGACCUGGAGGACGGACAGUGGGAGGAGAUUCACGUGAUCACCGGCGCUCUCAAGCUUUUCCUGCGGGAGCUUCCAGAGCCGCUGUUUCCCUUCAGUGUCUUUGAAAAGUUCAUCGCCGCCAUCCAAGUCCCAGACUACAGCCUGAGGGUGUCCUACAUGAAGGAUUUGGUGCAGACUCUUCCUCUGCCGAACCACAACACCAUGGAGCUGCUGUUCAGACACCUGCGAAAGGUGAUAGAACACAAGGACUCUAACAGGAUGUCGGUUCAGAGUAUCGCCAUCGUGUUCGGACCCACACUGCUUCGCCCCGAGACCGAGUCGGCAAAUAUGACGAUUCACAUGGUGUUCCAGAGCCAGAUUGUGGAGCUCUUGCUCAACGAGUUCCAGACUGUUUUCUCAGAGAGCUAAAAGGAAACUCCUGGAAUUUACUCUGCAUCCUGCGAGAACCCUCAGAGGACACAUGACUCUUCCAACACCCUCGAGAACAUUGACCUACACACCUACACACCACCUGCUCUCUGACCCGGGAACCGAAUGUGGAAAUUAUAACUGAAUCUGAGAGGACCACCUGAUACCCAGGGUUGGUUCUGAAACCUCUCUCACUCAUCUUUAAAAGGAGCAGACCUAAUCUGACAUUUUAUUGGCACCUUAAAACCAUCAAACAUGUGACAAAGACAUCUUUCGCCAGACUUGUAGCUCUCUGGACCGAAACAGGAACUGAUCCUGGGUGAACCUCUAGGACAGGUUUGAAACCUUACCAGCAUGUUUGCUUCUCCUUCAAGACAAAACACCAAAAUGGUGAAUGUCCUGUUAAACCUCUGAAUGCCUCACAUUAAACCAGACUGGUUCAGGACCCUUUGAGAAACUCGUGGAACUCUGAAGUCAUCUUCUAUUGCUUUUUUGUUUUUUAACUCUGUGGACGUUAAACUUUGAACCGGAACCUGCUGGCUGUGUUGUCUGGACCCAAAAACCCUUUUUAUAAAUUUCAUAUAUAUAAAAUGUAAAUGUAUAUUAUCAGCAUCACGCCUUAAAUGAGCUGAAAAACAGCAGAACAAACAGUAUCCUGAUUGAAUGGCACCGUCUCAGGAUCCUGUGCUUCUUCAGUGUACAGACACAAUCCUUCCAAGUAUUUUUGAAUUUUCAGUCCUUCCUCUGCAGAUGACUGGAAAUUUACCUUCAAGGUAUGACUUGGUAUGACUUUCUGGUAUCUUUCUGUGAACCAGAAAGUCAUACCAACCCAAAGAGGGUGAGUCUCCAUGGAAGGAGUUUAUUGGCCCUGAGCUGCACAUAUGAUUCUGAUCCUGAGAAUGCAAAAACCCUAACAGAUCCUGAACACGACGCUGCUGCUGGAUUAGUCAUGUCCUGAUGGUUCAAAUGGGUUCUGGGCUGAUGAGGUACAUUUCGGUAUCUCCAUCCACCUAUAUCUACCAGAGCAGCCAUCAGUCUGUGCUGCAUUCACUGAUGCUGGGAAACAGCUUCACGCGGUAAAAUAAUUUUCUACAUCAGUGUUGAUACCAUGAGUAUGUUUAAGUUACAUAAAACAUGCAACACAUUAAACACUGGAUCAAACUCUAGACUUUAUGAUGUGAUAAUCAAGUUUUCUUAAAUAUGGAGCUUCCUCAACAGAUGGAACAUUAUAGAAAACGUAUCUGAAACGCUUGACUCCGAAUGAGAGAGAGAAGUUUUAUCGACUGUUAAACUGUAGAUCUGAGUGAAAGGAGGCUCCACUGAACACAGAACAAAGGAUUUAAAACUAUAUCACAGCCAGGGAUGGAUUUUACAGGACAGUUCUUACUGUUAUAAUUAGUUAUGUAUGUUUUAAUAGUACUGAGUUUCUAUGCACUACAAAUGCAGAACUAAGUUACUUUGUUAGGGAAGAUAUUCCUUUCUGUACAAGAGGGCAUUUUCCUGACUUUAGUUUGAAAUAAACUGUCGUGUAUGACGGUAUUCAGCUGGGUCUGUUUCUCUUUCUCAACACACCCAGAAAUCAAACACAUCAAACUCUUUAUUUAACACAAAUUCACCAAAUGACUAAAACCACAACCACAGAAAUAUAACCUGCAACCGUAACGUCAUCCAAUAAAGAUGGCUGCUAAAGCCUCGACAAGACAAAGUGUGAAUCAUCGAAGUUCAACAAAGAGCUGAAGCUUUGGUGGGAGGACUCACAGAUGUGCUGCUCCAAUGCUUGGUUACUGGCGUUCCUGGCAUUUGGUGGCCAUUGUUGCUGAUACUGCCAUAGCAAAAAUGACCAAUCACAGUGCAAGCUAGCAAAGCUUCCAUCAGCAAGUAGCAUUAGCCCAGCUAGCUGCCUGUUAGUAACUUUGUUCGUAUUGUGUUAUUCUGUAUUCAUUAGCCGCUGUCCCAGGUUAUUUGCAUAAUGUGAUUUCAUUGGCUAUCGGCCAUGAUGAGCCACUGAAUAAACAUGAAUAAAAGACAACAGCAGGUAGAAAUCUCAGGUUUUCAGAUCCCUUAUUGUGAAACUGUGUGUAGCAGUCAUACGUGCUGUAUCGCCUCUUUGUGUUAUUUGGGAGAUGUGAUCAUGGUAAACUGUUACCAUGGUAUCAGGUGCUCGUCGGACGAUGCUCAUCUUCUGCGGUUUCACCUGAGAUUGUGAUGUGGAUUGUCGAGCUGCAUUGGACCUGAGGGUGUAAAAUAAAACUCAUCUGACGCUUUCA